AUGGCCGAGGAAAAGGCUCCCCAACCCACCAUGGAUCCGAAGUUGGAGAAGCACGCCCAUGAUGCGGAUGAGGCGAUGAAGGCCUUUGAGGGUUUAGAGGGCGAGUCUAUUACCCUCGAUGAAGAAACGAACAAAAGACUUUUGAAGAUUAUUGACUGGCAUAUGAUGCCGAUCAUGUGCGUUGUGUAUGGGAUGAACUAUUUGGAUAAAACUACCUUGUCGUAUGCUAGUGUCAUGGGAAUCAAGAAGGAUAUCAAUUUGAAGGGCGAUGAUUAUCAAUGGUUGGGGAGUUUAUUCUACUUUGGCUACUUGGCAUGGGAAUAUCCGACUAGUCGGCUUCUCCAGCGUUUACCCCUAGGGAAAUACUCUGCAGCUUGUAUCAUCAUCUGGGGCACCAUCUUGUCCUGCUUUGCUGCUGUCAGCAACUUCUCAGGGGCCGUUGCAAUUCGAUUCUUCUUGGGUGUUUUUGAAGCUUCCGUCACCCCCGGCUUUGCUCUGUUGACUUCCCAGUGGUACACCAAGCAAGAACAGAACAGCCGAGUCAAUAUAUGGUUCAGCUUCAACGGCUGGGGCCAGAUUUUUGGCGGCUUAGUAGCAUACGGCAUCGCAGUUGGUACUGCGAAGAAUGGUUCGGCCAUCGAGCCAUGGAAGAUUGUGUUCCUGUUCACAGGGCUGCUCACGGUGGCCUUGGGUGUGAUCUUCUUGUGGGUCGUUCCUGACAGUCAGCUCAACGCCCGCUGGUUGAAGAAAGAAGACCGGAUCCUGGCCGUGGCGCGUGUCAAGGUCAACCAGCAAGGUAUCGGCAACAAACAUUUCAAGCUCUACCAGGUGAAGGAGGCACUCAUGGACCCAAUGACCUGGGCUUUCUUCUUUUACGCACUCAUUGCAGAUAUCCCUAACGGCGGGAUCACCAACUUCUUCAGUCAAAUGAUUUCCAGCUUCGGUUACACCGCGGAGCAAAGUCUCUUGUACGGUACCCCUGGGGGCGCCGUCGAGGUGGUCGCACUUCUGCUGAACGGAUAUGUGGGCCAAAUCACCGGACAACGUAUCCUCUGCAGUACCGGCGGUCUCAUCACCUCGAUCAUCGGAAUGGUCCUCAUCGUUGCCCUGCCAUUGUCGAACAACGUUGGCCGUCUGAUAGGUUACUACAUGACCCAAGCGAGCCCGACGCCAUUUGUGGCACUCUUGUCUCUAGUGUCUUCCAACAUCGCCGGCUACACCAAGAAGACCACCGUGGCUGCGCUGUACCUGAUCGGUUACUGUGCGGGAAACAUCAUCGGUCCUCAAAUCUUCCGCCCCAAGGAUGCACCCCGAUACGUACCCGCCGAGAUCACCAUUAUCGUCUGCUGGGGCGUUUGCCUGCUGCUGCUUGUCUUUAUCUGGUGGUGGUACAACAAGGAGAACAAGCGGAAGGCUCUCAUCCGGGCAUCGCCGGACUACGUGAGUCUAGAGAAUCAAGCGUUCCUCGAUUUGACGGACGGAGAGAAUCAUGACUUCAUUUAUGCGCUGUAG